CCAAAACUGAAAGCAAGUAGAGUGACACAGUGAUUCGGGAUAUUAGAGACGACUGGCUUUUUGUAUCGAAGAAUCCAAGUUUAAGAAGUAAAUUCUGGGAGUACUAACCAGUAUUCUUACCACCCAUUGGCAAAGUGAUACAGGCCAAGGUUUACAUUUUCCCUUGGUAUCGGUGGCCAUCGUGAGUAGGUUCGGGUCCUCCCAACCAACAUAUCAGUACUCCAAUUUCCUACAUCAAACCUAACGGCUAUAUAAACCGCCCAACGUAACUGAGACCCUAUUGCCUUUCCUCCUUGGAACUUGAAUCGAUUAAAAUUUGAUUCAAGAGAAUUGACAUUAUCGUUUCGUUGCUCGCAUUCGUUCUAUAUUUUCAUUUUUUCCUUCUCUGUAGGGAGAUUAUUUACCAUAAUAUGAUAGUAUCAGUGAAAAGGGAUUAGCAUUUAAAAGGGUUCGGUUCAUGAACCAAUCUAACAGUCUUCAGAUAAAUGACAUUAAUGUUACCAUUUAACAUUCCCAAAUGAUCUGUAUUAUAAAACAAGAGAAUUGAACCUUCUACCCUACACAGUGACCCUGGCUAUUAGAGACCCUGUAUUAUAUGGGAUCAAAUUUGCAUUCAGAAAUCAUAUAUGAUCCCAUAUUUAGCUCCAAAUUAGAAGGGAAGGAUCAAAGAAACUUCAAUUUCCCUAUAAAAACAAAGUAGUUGGGGUUUCAUACACAAUUGGCUCAAAAUCACAAUUGAAAAGGUACACUAUCAAUCACAUAAUGUAGAGAGAUAUUAUCAUAAAUUGAUGUGCACAAUAUUUGAAUAGCCGUUUAACAUUUUUCUUCAAUGCACAAUAUUUGGAUUCACAUUUACAGCCCUGGAAGAAUCAAGUCAAAACCUGACGUUUCAUUUCGAUACUUGGUUAUCAUGAGCAGCUUCGGGUCCUUCAGAACCAAACCCCAACCCAAAGUCCCACAACAAACCUGACGACUAUAUAAACCAACCCCCGUAGUAACCGAAACCCUAGCUACUCAUCAUCCUUCUUCUGCUUCUGUUCUGUAACUUGAAAGUUGAAUCAUCAUCGAUCAAUGGCUUCCAAAACAAUCUGUCUUCCAGCGCUCUCCCUAGUCUUCCUGCUUUUUGCUCUCGCCGAAGCGAGAGAAGUCAUGGUCGAUGGCUGGACAGUUCAAAACUCCGAUCAUCUGACAAAGUGGACUCACAGACACCAUUUCACCACUGGCGAUGUUCUCAAAUGGAACACGAGCACAUCCCAGAUUUUCGACCCUCCAGUGCUGCAAGUGACAAAGGAAGCGUAUGAGAGCUGUGAAAUAUCAAACCCUCUCAAGGCUAACGUGACGGAGGUGACUCUGAACCCUGCUGGUAUGUUCUACUUCAUUAGUGGCGUUAAGGAGCUUUGUGACAAGGGAUUAAAGAUUACUGUGAAGGUUCAUGCUCAUCGUAAAGAUCAUGGGGCACCAGCUCCAGCACCUGCUAUGGCUCCGGAGAUGAAUAGUAUAGCGGCAGAGCCAGCUGCAUCACCAACAAGUGCUGCACCUCAUGGAUUAAUUGGUGGUGGGUUUAUGGCUUUCGUUGCGAUUGGGAUGACAGGUCUAGUAGGCUUGGCUUUGUGUGUUUGAUUUCGAUAUUUAGAGGAAGAGAGCGAUGUAUUGGGUUUAAAUUAAGUUUUAUUUCGGUAGUAUUCUGAAUAUGAAUUGAUUCUCUAGCAUGUUCAUACAUCUUUACUUUAUUCCAUGGCAUCACAGUAUGUUUACUUUGUUCGAAUGAAAUGACCUUUUGGAUUUGAUCUUUAUGGUUAUAUAUUAUCCUAUAUUGUAACACAUGCACUAUGUCCUUAAUGCCUGAAACUCUGAAACUAGGUUUUUCAGUACGUACAAAAGAGAUACGUACGUUGUUGCCUUUG